AUGGAACUAGGACCCGGCGGUUACAUCCAAUGGACCGAACACGACAAGAAUGACAUCACGCCCAUCGCUGCUUCUUCCACUCAGCCCACCACCGCCGCCCAAGCCUUCAUCGACCUCGAGCAAAAUCCUUUCGCAAACUAUAAUGCACGCUGGGUUUUCGACAUUGGCCCCACAAUGACUUCAGUUGGACUGGAAGUGGUUGCACAUGACCGCAUGCAGGUAAGACGAAGUCUGCUUAUGCAGAUGAACGAGCUGCAUCUACUCUCGCUGAUGGAUGUGCCAACGGGGCUGAGCGAGGCGGUGGACCAGUUCCGCGACAAACAUCUGGAGGGGCUGAUGGAAGAGUAUGGUAAGGGGGUAUCGACGGUCGAUGGGUUUGUGUGUGUAGUGGGGAAAAAGCCUGAGGUUUAG